CACUGCGGGCCGGGAGCUGGGAAGGGCUCCGGGAGCCGGACCGAGAGGUGAGGGGAGCUGCCUUCGGACGGGCGGUACCGGCGCCUCGGGGGACGGCGCGGCGCGGUGAAUGCCCGGUGCAGCUGGAGCUGCCGCUCCCUUAGACUGCCCCUGCCUUUGGCUCGACUUUGCGCUUCGGUGUCUUUUCCUCCUGUGGCAGCGGGAGCCGUCUCCCAGCGGUGUUCAUUCCUGGCAGGGAUACCCAUCAGGGCAUCACCCGCCUCCCGGGCGGCAGCGCUGCUCUUCCGUCACCGGUUGCAUCUGCUCCCAACUCCUGCUCCCUGAACGCCUUUUGGCUCCUUCUGGACAGCUGCACCUGCUGCUGCGCGUCUCCAGACUCCCAACACUGCCUGCUCGGGAGCCCCCAGGAGCGGUCCCUGUGCCCGGGUCGGUGCUCUCUCCCUGUUCCUGCUGUUCCUGCUGUGGCCACGUCGCCGGGCAGCCUCUGCCCAACAGGAUGACUCAGUGGCAUCAGCUACAGCAACUUGAUUCCAAGUUUUUGGAGCAAGUUCACCAGCUAUACGAUGACAGCUUCCCCAUGGAGAUCAGGCAGUACCUGGCACAGUGGCUGGAGAACCAGGAUUGGGAACAUGCAGCCAACAACGUAUCUUUCGCUACGGUGUUGUUCCAUGACCUGUUGUCACAGCUUGAUGACCAAUUCAGUAGAUUCUUGAUAGAAAACAACUUUUUGCUGCAACACAACAUAAGGAAAAGCAAACGCAAUCUGCAGGAUAACUUUCAAGAAGACCCAAUACAUAUGGCAAUGAUCAUCCAGCACUGUCUGAAAGAAGAGAGGAAAAUACUCAACAGUGCCCAGCUGUCAAAUGAGAUGGAAGUAGGGGGCAUACAGAACACUGUGACUGGGAUGCUGGACAAACAGAAGGAGCUUGAUACCAAAGUUAAGGCUGUAAAAGCCAGUGUUUUAGAUGUGGAGCAGGACAUCAAGACAUUAGAGGAUAUGCAAGACGAAUAUGACUUUAAAUAUAAAACCUGGCAGAACAGAGAACAUGAGUCCAACGGAGUGUCUCAGGAGGAAUAUAAGAAAGAACAGCUGAAUCUCCAGAAGAUGUUUUUAUUACUUGACCGCAAAAGAAAGGAAGUGGUGAACAAGAUAGUACAGCUGCUGCACAACACAGAGCACACACAGACUGCUCUUAUUGAGGAGGAGCUGGUGGAGUGGAAGCACAGGCAACAGACAGCAUGUAUUGGUGGCCCACCCAACGCCUGUCUUGACCAGCUACAGAACUGGUUUACCACUGUUGCUGAAAGUCUACAACAAGUUCGUCAGCAGCUCAAAAAGCUCGAGGAACUGGAACAGAAGUUUACCUAUGACUCUGAUCCCAUCACAAAAAAUGAAAAAGUUCUGCAGGAGCGAACGGACAGUCUCUUCAAACAGCUCAUCCAAAGCUCCUUUGUGGUAGAGAGGCAGCCUUGCAUGCCAACACAUCCUCAGAGACCACUAGUCCUGAAGACGGGAGUACAGUUUACUGUAAAGCUGAGACUGCUGGUGAAAUUGCCGGAAUUGAACUACAACUUGAAAGUGAAAGUUUUAUUUGAUAAAGAUGUAACUGAGAAGAACUCAGUCAAAGGGUUCAGGAAGUUUAAUAUUUUGGGAACAAACACAAAAGUAAUGAACAUGGAAGAAUCCACUAAUGGAAGUCUAGCAGCAGAAUUCAGGCACUUGCAACUGAAAGAACAGAAAAAUGCAGGAACCAGAACAAAUGAGGGUCCUCUCAUUGUAACAGAAGAGCUUCACUCUCUGAGUUUUGAGACGCAGCUGUGCCAGCCUGGCUUGGUAGUAGAGCUAGAGACCACAUCCCUUCCCAUUGUUGUGAUCUCAAACGUGAGCCAGCUUCCCAGUGGAUGGGCUUCUAUCCUGUGGUUCAACAUGCUGUCUACUGAUCCCAAGAACUUGUCCUUCUUUCUGAGUCCACCCUGUGCAAAGUGGUCUAAACUUUCUGAAGUUCUGAGCUGGCAGUUUUCUUCUGUCACAAAGAGAGGACUUAAUGCAGAUCAGCUGAGCAUGCUGGGAGAGAAGCUACUUGGGCAAACAAGUGGAGGAUCUCACGAUGGCCUUAUUCCUUGGACAAGAUUCUGCAAGGAAAAUAUAAAUGAUAAAAAUUUCCCCUUUUGGCUGUGGAUUGAGGGAAUCCUGGAGCUUAUUAAGAAACAUCUCCUGUGUCUCUGGAAUGAUGGCUGCAUUGUGGGUUUCAUCAGCAAAGAGAGAGAACGUGCUUUAUUGAAGGACCAGAAUCCAGGAACAUUUUUACUAAGAUUCAGUGAAAGUAGCAGAGAGGGAGCAAUCACGUUUACUUGGGUAGAGGGAUCUCAAAAUGAGCUCCAGUUCCAUUCGGUAGAACCCUACACCAAGAAGGAGCUCUCUGCUGUGACUUUCCCCGACAUCAUCCGCAACUACAAAGUGAUGGCAGCUGAAAACAUUCCUGAAAAUCCACUGAGAUUUCUGUACCCAGAUAUACCCAAAGACAAUGCCUUUGGCAAAUACUACUCCAGGCCUAAGGAGGCACCAGAGCCAAUGGAUUUGGAUGGUCCCAAGGGAAACGGCUACAUCAAGACUGAGUUAAUCUCUGUGUCUGAAGUCCACCCUUCCAGGCUCCAGUCUCCAGAAAACCUGCUCCCCAUGUCUCCUGAGGAGUUUGAUGAGGUGUCUCGGAUGGUGGGCCCGGCAGAGAUUGACACUGUGAUGUGUACACAUAUGCAGCUCUGAGCUUUGGUUGAGCUUUUUACUGCGUCGUUAACGUGGCUGAUUCGCUUUCGCGUCCUGCACUGCCGUCCAUGCCUUGGUGACACGCUUCCCUGCCGUUCUUUGGUUUCUCAACCUGAAGGUCCAGUAGCAAUUUUUAGCUAAUGGAAAUAUCAACAAUAGCAGUCUCCUCAUGUGCACUUCUUUGUUUAGUUAGCAAGAGUGGAGGAAGAGAAGAGGAUAGGAAUGUGAGGUCCUCAGCGAGAAUGAUAGGAGAAACACGCAUUCAUGUUUAAGGGAAUUAGUUAAAUGUAAUGUUUAAAACAGUUGGCUGUACAUAGAAGGCUUCAAAGGAAAGCUGGUUCUUCUGCAGAGGUUCUGCUCAGAAAGCUUGUGCCCUCUGUGUAACUACUUCUGCAGAACUUCCAGAGCUUUGCAUUUUCAUCUGCAUCACAGAAAGGAAAAGGGAAACACUCUACACCAAAUCCACGUGCUGCUGAAGUUUGCUGUGGUUUUAGCUUUUCUAGGCAUGGCAUGUUGAAAGGACAGAAAAUGUUACCUGCAUUUCAUUUUUGCGGUUUCUGUAAGGCAUAACCUUGCGUAGGAUGUUUAGCACAAUCUUUCACAUAAAGAGCAUUUCUUAGGACACCACCUUAAAGCUGCAUUGGCACAUGCUGAGCUUGCAAACCCAGGUGUACAAUCAGGACUAAAGCUUCUGCAGACUGCAGUCAUGCUGUCUUGCAGAGUAUCAAGACAAAAUGAAAACCUACUCUUAAAAAGGGUGCAGAAGGGCUUGAAGUAUGUUUUUACUCACUGUGCUUAGCCUACCAAGGUGAGGAUUUGGUCACUUCUAUCUUUCACAAUAAUACAUGCCCCAUUUAGGUUAAUAACAGGUGGAAUGGAACUCAGUUUUCUCAUGCAUUAUGAACCAGGGCAUUUAUUUAACUGUUGAUUUGAAUAGCUAGAAGAUCCUACAGGCUUUGAUAAUGAAGUGGUUAGCGAUUAGGGAUGAGGCACAGGAAAGUGAGGGAGUUAAAUUUAUACAGAACAACAGCUGCAGGACAUGCAGUUUGUGGUACUUAAAGGAUGAAACUGUUUUUCCACCAGAGGAGGAACACAUUUGUUUCUCAGCAUGUUUGAAGAUAAUUAACAACUCACAGUUCAGAGGCAAGGCUGUCUCAGGCAGCUGGUCUCUGCACCAGGGGUAUCUAUUAGUGCAGACUGCUAAUUAGCACACAGAGGAACAGAGGGACUGCAGAGCACUUGUGCUGGAUCCCACCGGUUCAGGUGGAACAGCAACAGGAACAGGGCAGCUGGCUGUAGCAGGGGGUUGGACAAGGUGACCUCCAACUUCAGCCCCAGCCCAGCGGUGACUCAGGUGCUACUGCAGCCUCUCCCCCCACUGCUGUCUAGUCUAUUCCCACCACCUGGGAGAGCAGCAGCAGCCCAUGGGACUCACAGAGGUUACAGAGCUGCUUCUCUAGAUCCAGCAGCUGCUGUUUGGGAGAUAAAAGACUGGAGCAGUUUAGUGUGUUACGCCCAAGACGACUGAUGUGCCCCCUGCAAAAGCUCGGGAGAAAAAUUAAAGGACCUAUAUGUAUUUAAAGGAAAGCAUUGCCAAACUGACUUAUUUUUGGUGCUCUGAGUUACUAAGGUUAACAAUGCUACAGGAUAUCACAACUGGUAACUUACUGCUUUUAUCUUAUUGUAACUAGCUGAAUGUGUAUCUUUAUUGUUAAUAAAAAAAGCAUUUGUUUCUUGAUCUACACCUUGUACUCAUGUUCCAUAUGCAGCAGUUUGUCUUUAUUAGUUUUAUAUUUGUUUUAUCAACCAGAGUGGAAUGUUCUUCUGAGAUUUAAAGCAGUAGCCUUUUUCAUGGCUUAGUUUUUCCAGUAGUUCUUAAAGUAGUGAUUUUUCCACAAUGGAAUAUUCUUUUGCCAUUUUAAAUAGAUGGAACUGUCAGUUGACAUUUUUGUCCUAUCUCUUGUUUGUUGACUACUUUUACUACAAAGAUGAUAUGUUUUCCAGUAGUUUACUACUCUGUAUCUCAUUUUAAACUUGCUUGUAUAACUAAAGUGUUAAAGCUCUGAAGCCUAAGGAGGUAUGGAUGCUAUUAAUUCUCUAUAUUGUAGCAGGUCAGUCUGCUCUGGAGUACUUAGAAGGUGCCUGUUAACUUUUUUUUAUUAUUGAUUGUAUCACUUCACUGAUUUGUUUUCUUCCCCACCCUAAGUUCAAUAAACUGAACUUGAAUUUCUAA